AUGAGUGUUAUUCACGUGACUAAUAUUGAUUCCGAACUGACAGAAGGUCAAGUUAAGCGAUAUUUUCGCCAUUACGGAGGUAUCGCCGACAUGACAUUCAGGCUAGGAAAAGAAGGAAAGCAUGACGGAAAAGCAAAAAUUACAUUUUAUAAUGAAUAUGCCGGAUUGCAAGCUUUCGAGAAGAAUGGUGCUAUGCUCGGCAACUAUCCAAUUUACAUAUCAAUAUCACUCGAGAAUCAAGGAAAAGGUUCAGCGGAAAGAGUUUAUAAAGGCAGACUUUACAGGAUUUCGGAAAUUCUUGUUAUCAUAUUAACAUUAAUCUUAUCAGUAUCACUACAUGUUUAUAAAAUUUCAGAGCCAGCAUACCUAAUUGGCGAAGAACCAUUAAUAUUUGACCAUCUUAACCAAUACAUUCAUCACAAGCGUCCAUACGAUGAUCAGCCACCAUUAGGUAAGCUUAUUUACCUCGGCUGGGCCAAGCUUUGUGGCUACAAAGGCACACAAAAAUAUGAAAUGCAAAAUCAAGAAUAUAUUCCAUUUGAUAACACUACGAACUAUGUCUUUUUACGUUCCUUAUCAUGUUUCUGUGGUUCAUUAGUACCACCAAUUGUUGUAGCCGCAAUUUCACUUCGAUAUCACUCUUUGACAGCACUUUUCCUUGUUGGCUUCAUUCUCAGCCUCGAUAGUGGCCUUAUUACAAUCAGCAGAUCCAUGAGUCUUGACUCAAUUUGCCUCUUUUUCUCAGCAAUUUCGAUUUAUUACACUUGUCUCCUCUAUCGUCGUAAUACAUGGUUCAAUGGCAUCAAAUCCACGGUCUUUGCCAUCCUCGCGUGCUGUAUUCGCUAUCCAGCGUUCGGACUUUUCUUUUUCAUCUUCUUUUCGAACUGGCAUCUCGGUUUCGGACAUCCAGACUCUACAUGGAACUUCUUUUCACGUACAGCCGGUUUCAUAUGGAUUGGAUUAACCAUUCUUUCCAUUGUUACUGCAAUUCAUCUGAUCAUCACUCCGAAAUUCGGUGACGCGGACCUCCAAUUCCCCGAAUACUUCAGGGACAGAGAACUCGCGGAGUCAGUGAUCCUCAUUAUCUGGAAGCAGUUGAGAUACAAGACAGGAAAGACGUAUAAAACACUUCCACAAAGUAGAUACAUACAAUGGGCGUUUUGGAGAGCUCCUCCAAUGGUCAUUUACAACAUGAGAGAUACAAUGAUCGCUAUUGUUAACUCUCCUGCCAUUAUAUUGUCAUGUUUCAUCACUUUGUUCUGGUGUUUCCUUUUGCAAAAGUUCGAAUUUGUUUUUGCAAUAUUGACAUCAUGGGGAUUCCUCCAUUUCUACAAAGCAGCGACAUUUAUGUUCGACGCUUACGUACCAUUGAUCAUCUCCCUCGGAGGACUCGCAAUGGUUUACGACAGAUUGCCAAGAAUCUUCAAAUACACGAUUUUGUGGCUUUUGAUUCCUCUUUCAGUCUGCGGCUUCUACCUGUUCAUGCCAAUCACAUACGGCCUUCCAAUGGAUAAGUACCGGUUCUCUCUGAUCGCUUUAUGGCCAACUUUCAAGAGAACGUGGAAUGUUUAA